GCCAUCCCACCAAUUGUUUACUUUUUCACUUUGCGCGCAGCGGAAAACCGGCCGAUUUCACCGCUCGAAUUUUUUUAUUAUUUUUUUUCGCCCUUGCCGCCGCCUCUUGCCGCAAAUUGGUGUAAAUAAAGGAAAAGCGAUCGAACGAACGCGCGCGGAUUUUUUCAGUGAGUGAAAAUGUAUCGAAAAUGAAAGAAGCGAAGAGGGCGCAAAGAGAGCUGCUAAAGAAGUGCGUGCCGAAAAAAGAGGAGAGCGGCAAAAAGUGCCAAAAAUAAAAAAAACAGGCUAAGGAGAAAGGCGAACCAAAGGAGAACGACGGACGAAGAGAGAGGCGAAAGCGACAGCAACAAGUGGCCGAAGAUGUGCAAAUGACAAAUUGGUCAAGACUCCUGUUUCCCUCGCUCUCUCUCACGCACUCCCACUCGCACUCUCUCCCUCGCACAAGCGCACGCACAUCCUCGCCGCUUGCCGUCUCCCUUGCACGCGGUGGUGGGAACAGUCGGCGGUCAAGUUCAAGUGGGAACGGCAGCGGAAACGGAAGGGGAAGGGGAAGGGGUAGAAUGGGAAUUGGAAACAUGCGGAGACCCGUUACCGCCUUGAAUCGGAAUCACUACUUCGUCAUCGGCCUGAUCCUGGGCCUCCUGCUCAGCUUCUACAUUCCGCAGGACAUCUGGGAGCUGGUGCAGCAGGAGGAGUGUCCCCAGGAGGCCGCCGAGAACCUGCUGAUCGAACGAUUCGGCCAGGAGUUCGAGCCCCAUUUGAACCUCAUCAACAAGCCGCUGGCGGCCAAAAAGCCGGUGAAAAAUGUGAUUCGUCCGCGCUACUACUCCUCGGAGCUGGGGAUCCGCGAGAAGCUCUUCAUCGGGGUGAUGACCUCGCAGGAGCACAUCAACACCUUCGCGACGGCCUUCAACCGCACCACCGCCCACCUGGUCAACAAGAUCAAGUUCUUCAUUUACGCAGACAGUGUGAAGACCAACUACAAGCUGAAGAACAUUGUGGGCUUCACGGACACGCGGGAGAGUCGCCGACCGUUCCAUGUAGUCAAGUACAUAGCGGACAACUAUCUGGAUGAGUACGACUACUUUCUGCUGGUUCCGGACACGGUCUACGUGGAUGCCCGCAAGUUGGUGAAGCUGCUCUACCACAUGAGCAUCACCUUUGACCUGUACAUGGGCGGUGCCCGCAUUGGACUUGAUCCUGCUCCCGGAGGCAGUGCCUCCGUCGAUGGCCAGUCGAAUGGGGAGCCGGGGAACCAGGAGGAGGAGGCACCCGGGGCCAGCGAUCGCAACUACUGCUCCCUGGAGGCGGGCAUCCUGCUCAGCAGCAGUGUCAUCCGCAAGAUGCGCAACAAUCUGGAGCGCUGCGUCCGGAUCGGAAGCACCGGCGACCACAGCGUCAACAUCGGGCGGUGCGUCAAGUACGCCAGUCGGGUGGCCGGAUGCCAGGAGAGCUUUCAGGGCAUGCGGCAAUAUAGCUACGCCUUGGAUGCGCCGGGCCGCCGACAUCGCGACUUCAGCGAAUUGGCCAAGGAGGAGGCCUUUCGCAAUGCCAGUACCGUUUAUCCCGUCCAGACACCGGAGGACUUCUACCGCCUGCACGCCUAUUACUCAAAGCACCACCUGGAAAAGGUGCAGGAGCGGGGUUAUGCGCUGGAGCAGAAGUCCUACCGCAUCGCCAACGGGAGUAUCUCGAACAAAAUCCUGGAGAUCCGGUGGCCACUGGGCGUACCCCCACCAAGUGCGCCAGAGACGCGCCACGACAUCCUCACAUGGCAGCUGCUGAACGGGACGCACAGCUUCCUGCCGCACGGCAAUGCGGAGCACGCGGUGGCGCCGCUCUCAAAGAUCGAGGCACUGGACUUCGCCAAGGUGCUGGAGAUAGCACUGCAAUAUGCCGCCCUUAAGCAUCCGCGCCUCAGUUACCACAGUUUGCACAGUGCCUACCGGAAGUUCGACGCCACCCGUGGCAUGGACUACCAGCUGCACCUCAGCCUGCAGGAGGGAUCGGGCCGGAGUCGCCGGCUUGUGGUCAAGAGCUUUGAGGUGGUAAAGCCACUGGGUCGCGUGGAGGUGGUUCCCUCGCCGUACGUCACGGAGAGCACGAGGAUUGCCAUGUUGGUGCCCGCCUUCGAGCAUCAGGUACCGGAUGCCAUGCAGUUUGUGGAGCAGUACGAGAGGAUUUGCAUGCAAAACCAGGACAACACCUUCCUGCUGCUGAUCUUCAUGUACCGCCUGGACUCGCCCAGCAAGGGCGAGGAGGAUCCCUUCAAGGCAUUGAAGACGCUUGCCCUGGACCUGUCCUCGAAAUACAAAACGGAUGGCUCACGGAUAGCCUGGGUGUCCAUCCGACUACCGGAGCAGCUAAGCGAGCCGGUGGAUCCGCAGGAUUGGCUGCUACAUGCCUCCAUGUACGGACCGCGCCAGCUGCUCAGCCUGGUGGUGGCGGAUUUGGCGCUGCCCAAGCUGGGUCUCGAAUCCCUGGUGCUCCUGGCCACCCCGGGCAUGGUCUUUAAGGCCGACUUCCUCAACCGCGUGCGCAUGAACACGAUUCAGGGCUUCCAGGUGUACGCGCCAAUUGGCUUCCAGAUGUAUCCAUGCCGCUGGGCGCAGUUCUGCCGGGAGUGCGACACCUGCGAUGUGAGCCAGAGCAGCGGAUACUUCGAUCGCCACAACCAUGAUGUGAUCGCCUUCUACAGCCGGGAUUAUGUCCAGGCUCGCAAGCUGCUGCAUCCGCAGGGACUGCCGAUCAUCCGCAGCGACCUGGACAUCGACCAGUUGCUGCUGCAGCCCGGCGAGGAGACGCGACCACCGGGCGUGGAGAGCAUCCUGGACAUGUUCGUGGCGGCGCAGCACUCGGUGCACAUUCUGCGCGGCGUGGAGCCGAAUCUGCGCUUUGGCCAGGACGUGCGAAACCACCUGGCACGCGGAGGAUCGCUGCCGGACAGCCAGCCGGAGCUGUGUGGCCGGGAGCAGUGCAUCCACCUGGCGUCGCGCAAGCAGAUCGGCGACGCCAUCAUUCGCUACGAGGACAAAAGUAUUCUGCACAAAUAGCAGGGAUCCGAUGGCUCCUUUCCAGCUCCUGCUCCUGCCUGUAAUAUCAUCAGUUCCUUUUUAACAUAUUUCCAUGUGUACAUGAGCGCGUGACUGAAGUGAAUGAAAUGAAUGUGAUUCCGGGUGUGCGUGUGCAUGUCGAAUAGAUCUUAUACAGGACUUAUGCCAACUCUUAUACUCGCACCCAAGGCUUAAAUUAAAACCCAUUUAGGGACUGGGAUCCAAGUAUAAGACCUGUAGCGGACCUAUCUCAAUCCCCAACUUAGUGUUUAGGCCUAGGCAAUUCCCGUUGUUGCUUGCUUUAAAGUGAAACUUUCAAUGCUCAAAAUGGUAGACAGCAAUUAGUUAGUAGUUAACUAAGGAACUAAUCGUAGUUUUAGCUGCCAAAACGUGUAGGACAAAUGUAGGACAGUUGUUCGAGCCAUUCAACAGACAUUCGAUUUUUAAUUUUCGCUUGUAAAUACUUAGCAUACGCCACAUAUCUCUAUUAAUGUUUCCUAGUAAGUUAGGCGGGCACCAUUGACUCCUAUUUAAAUGACUAGUUAAGCUAAGUGUUAUACUACUACCAUCUAAGUGAAACGAACGAUGUGGCUGUACGAAAGAAACCAGAUGCCGCCUUGCCUCAAAGUGUUACAAUCCCUAUAAAAUGGGCUCUCUCAAAAACGGUGUGCCAAAAAUGGAAAUAUUAUACAAAAACUGGUCUAAAUUAAGGAGUGCUUACUUGGACUUUGUUCCUCUUAUAUAAAACUAAAUUUAAGUUGUAAAAAAGUAAAUAUCAGCUAAGGGAAAAUAAUACAAUCUAAAUCUGACAACAAUUUGCCUUUAAAUGAUGUAAAGAAUAAACUAUUGUAAAGUAUUGAUCAUGUACUUUUUUAUUCCAAUAAAAUAUAAAAAAAACCUUGUACAUAAAAAUGGUAAUUAAAAAUUAAUAUUAUUAAGUCCUUCCCAGUUUCCCUUAGCCGAUAUCCACUGUAAGUUUCUACAUGUCAUUCAUUUGACCAUUUGCCAGCACAUCAGUUUUAGCAUCGAAUAAGAAGUCUGCCAGUCAAAUUCUUACCAUUACGAUUACGAAGGGAAUCCGAUUAAUUUAUUGAACAAUUUAUUAUAUUUACACUUCUACUUCCCCUUGUCCCAAAAAAACUUUUUUUACAUUUAGUCAUAGCUUAAAAUUACCAUAUCUGUACUGUUAAUGUGUAGGAAUUGUUGUUAUUGCAGAAUAAUACAAAUUAUGUAUGUGCACAUGUACAAUAAAUUUAAA